CGGGCGCGGCGCCGGGAGCGCGACAUGGUGGGCGCUCGUACGCGCGGGGCGCCGCUGCUGCCGCCCGUGCUGCUGCUGCCGCUGCUGCUGCGAGGCGCGGCGGGCGGCAUCGCCGACAGCGUCGUCUGGGCCGUCAACGCGGGCGGCGAUGCCCAUGUGGACGUGAACGGCAUCCACUUCCGCAAGGACCCGCUCGAGGGCCGCGUGGGCCGAGCCUCUGACUAUGGUAUGAAGCUGCCAAUCCUGCGCUCCAACGCAGAAGACCAGAUUCUGUACCAGACGGAGCGCUACAAUGAGGAAACCUUUGGCUACGAAGUUCCCAUCAAAGAGGAGGGUGACUAUGUGCUGGUGUUGAAGUUUGCAGAGGUCUAUUUUGCCCAGUCCCAACAGAAGGUAUUUGAUGUUCGCUUGAACGGCCACGUGGUGGUGAAAGACUUGGACAUUUUUGACAGAGUUGGACACAGCACAGCUCACGAUGAGAUCAUUCCCAUGAGUAUCAAAAAGGGAAAACUGAGUGUCCAGGGAGAGGUUUCAACAUUCACAGGAAAGCUCCACAUUGAGUUUGUAAAGGGCUACUAUGACAAUCCAAAAAUCUGUGCCCUAUACAUCCUGCAAGGAACAGUGGAAGAUGUUCCAAAGCUGCAGCCACACCCAGGCCUGGAGAAAAAAGAAGAAGAUGAUGAUGAAGAUGACUAUGAUGAUGGCUCCAGUGUCAAAAAACAGGCAAAUAAGAACCGGGUUCAGUCAGGCCCACGCACACCAAACCCCUAUGCCUCGGACAACAGCAGCCUCAUGUUUCCUAUACUGGUGGCCUUUGGUGUCUUCAUUCCUACCCUCUUCUGCCUCUGCCGAUUGUGAGAGCAAGCCCCACAGAGCAUCAGCCCAGGGGCUGGGAGGGAAGGAGUUGGACCAAAUAUGGUUGCUUUCAAUUUCUCCAUAUUGUUCAUAAUUUAAGGGAAAAAAAAAAAAAAAAGAGAUGAUUCAUUUGGAAUGAAUAGCAAUGAAUAGCAGGUCCAGGUAAGAGGGAGCUUACCUUCCCCCUGCCAGCAAGCAGCAAGGCCCUGGCCUUCCCCUUCGCACCAUGUGCAGCCUCUGAUUCUCCCUGGGGCAUCCAAGAGUGAACUGAGUCCUGGCUGGAUGUGUAUUGGGCCAUGAAAGCUGAGGCUACCAGUCCUGGGCCAUGUCCCACACUGAGAGAAAGCCAUGUGCUGUAGGAUCUCUGCCUUUACUGGGUGGAAUACGGUUCCUUAAGCAGGAAAGCAAUUCCCUCAAAACAAGGCUGGGGUACACAUUUUGUCCAGGAGUGUGGAAGUGUUGUGGUGCUGUUGGGUGUCAAGCGACUGCAGAGGACAGAGCCUGGCUCAGCAUCUUCCUGAACACGUGCAACACAAUGUAUGGUACUCACCUGCAUAAAGAUACCAAGGCUCCAGACCAGCCUCCGUGGAGACGGUUCCCUCCUAAGACUGCAAGCUGUGCCAGGAGCAGAGGGAUUUGUCUGGCCUGAUUUGCUGCACCAGUUGGGAGAGACUUUCCUAGUCUGGCAAUUGCAAUGUUUGUUGCAUCGCAGAGGGAUUCUGCUGUAGCCUGCGAGAGGCUGACGUUGUCAGCGUCUGAUCAGAUGCACUUGUUUUCUGUAUUGAUUAUGGCUUUUGUUUCCUUUAAUAUCCUUUUCUUUUCAAAGUUUUUGUUUUAAGCCCAGUUCCUUGUUUUGCUUUUCCUAGCAAGUGACCUCUAUGGAAGAAGCUGAGAAUCAGGUGAAUUAGAGAGGAGGUUCAGGAUUUGUUCCUUACCCUUCCUAAUGGUGAGCUUCCUUGUCUGUGACUCUAAACAACCUGUGCUGUAGGACAGAGAGCAGAGCAACCUGGUGGAUGCUCCCUGUGGUCUCUCAUUCCCUCUGUAGGGACCUGCCCUGCCUGUUUCACUGAGAAGUGGAACUGGUCAGUGUUUGCAGGGAGUGAGUUUGGCCUUUUGCAUAUCCAGGCCCUGUAGUGAAGGGGCAGAUGUCCAACUUUUCAGUCCUGCAGAGCAAGGUGAUUUGUUGCUAUCUGGAGAUCUGGAAGUGAGCAAUGCACUGGAGACAAGGUCACCUGCUUCCCCCAGGGAUAUUUCUGCAAGAAGCUUCUCUUCCCACAUGCAGAGCCUGUGCCUGCCUGGCAGAGGCUGAACAGAGUGAAAGCCACUGCUGUGCCUUCUGGUCCAGAGCUGCGGGCCCUUAGGAACUGCCUUCCCACAAUCUUGGCCUCCAACAUGUUGAGCAUUUCUGGCUGACCAGGAGGCAGAUGUUCUGUGCUGGAGCAGGAUCUGUCCCAGGCAGGGUUGGGUUUUUGUAGGUCAGCUUUGUUGCUGCUGAGCUCUGGGCUCAUGGAGCACUUUACCUCAUGCUCUCCCUGUUGUCCUCAGAAGUGUUCUGUCUUUCCCUGGAGCAGUGGCACUGAGCAGUGACCUCUGCUGCUCUGCCUCUCUGGGCCUGCGUUUUCCUAGCAGUUGUUUUUGGGUUUGGUCCCCUGCAGUGGCUCAGCCUUUCUUUGAGCUGAGCAGGGUCAGCAGGAUUACCAAGUUUCUGGCCAGGGAACUGGAGGAGCAGCCGCUCUGUUCUGCUGGGCCCAGGCAGCUGAAGCCUUCGCUUCCUCUUAUCCCUCAAGCUGUGAUCCCUGGGACCUGUCAGCUCAGGGUCUCCAGAGUGGAAGCUGAGGGAGGUGAUAAAAUGCUGCUCUCUGCAUCAGUGCUGCUGAACCUUGCCUUUCUGAUCACAUCACUGCUACAGGCCUGACUCUAAUUCUGUAUCUAUGAGCUGAAAAACAAGCAGGACCUUAAUUAUCUUCUCUCUAACUGCACAAGGGGUAGUUUGGGACAGAAGGAAGAGAGUCUCCGCCCCAGUUAAAGGAGAAUUCAGGCUUUAGAUAGAGCAGAUCUUGAAGAACAAACCUUAGGAUGAAAGGUGGUAAGUUUGAAGUUGUCUGCUUCAUCUUAUAGCUACUGUUAAAAUCCUAAUACUUAAAAAACUAUUAUAAAAUAUGAGCUCUGAUUUGUUCAGUGACAGUGCCUGCAGAAAUUCUCCAGAAUUUUUGGGUUUGCUCUAACUGGAUUGAAGAGACAUUUAGAUCUUUAUCAGUUUUGAGAAUCAUGAACUGUGCUGAUUUGUUAAGCAAAGAACCUGGGGUUGAAAGCAGGCGUCUCUCUCAGGAGCUGCUCUCCUCCAGGCCUUUUAGGGUGCAUUUUCUUGGAGCAUCCUUGAAGCAAGGAAUCACUCUGCUUCUUGUGGCUCACCCAGUAAUCUCAGCACCUUGCCUGCCAUGGGAGAAAGGGUGUGUGUUUAGAUGUGCAGAAGUUGGAGACAAGUCUUUUAGGACAGUAUAUCCUGGCCUCUCCUAGCAGCCAGGGCACCCAUUUGGUGCCAUCAGCUGCCCCAAGGCAGAGCUGUACAGGGUAUGAUCUAGUUUGUUCUAGUUGCUCAGUUCAAAUGAAUUUGUCUUAUUUGAAUAAGAAUAGGGAGGAGAAACAGUUCAUCCUUCAUGGCUUCAAUUUAGUUGUUUUGACUCUGGUUUUGUGCAUCUUUCUCACUACAAAGCUGGUUUCUGGGGGGUUCCUGACCCUGUCAAGGUCCUAUGAGCAGUUUCCUUCCUGGUCCAUCCCCUCCUGACAGGUUUGCUUUGGAAGGAGCCUUCAAACAAAGCAUGUGGGAGCACCAAGGAUGGUGGGGGCUGGCCAGUCAGCACCCCUCUGGGAAUGGAGUACUCCAGCUCCCCUGGCCAUCUCUGUCUAGUAUUUGCAAGCCAGACUCAGGGUUGUAAUGAGGUACCUGAUCCUGACCGGGGAAAGAAAGUGUUUGGGCUGGCUGUAGCUUUCCAGAAUGGGUGUUUGAGGGAAUAUCCAAGAUGUUGUUGAACUGAGACAGGUCAGAGACAAGCCUGUUUGUGCUGAUUCCUCUGCCAGCAGCAGGCAGAUGGAGUGCAGCAGUGUGGGGAGCUGGGUCAGAACCAACCCUGGCUUGAUUCAUGUUGUGUAGAAAGGGGCAGAUAUGGCAAUUUUAGUAAGGCUUCCACUUAAUAAAGGGAAAAUCACUGUCUGUGAUGUUUCAGGCCUGGAUCCAGCCUCAGCAUAAUGGUUUCAAGGCUUAUUUUAAUUGUCCCAUCAGCCCCUCCUUUAAGCCAGGCUAUUGAAGUCUUCUGUGUGUCUGACUAAACAUCUCUGACCCUUUUGAGUGUCCCAGGUGGCAGUGAGCAGAAAGCCAAAUGAAUUCCCUUCUCUUUUUGGUGCCUUUGUCUCAGGCUUUGAAUAAAAGUCUAUUUGAUGGAGCUUCUUUUUUUUUAAGGAGCUUCUGAGUUUUUUCUUUUUCUUCAAGGGACAGGCAUUCCCUGCCCUUGAGAUCAGAUGGGGACUGUCUCCCUGUCCCCACAUGCCAGCUCUGGAGGUCACAGCUGAAGUAGAGAACUGUGAACAAGUAUCUUUAUUUUCAGCCCUUAAAGUCAAUGGAAGAAAAGUCUAGCAGAGGAUAGAAGAACUGGAAGAGCUCCUUCAGGUCUGGUCUGCCCCAGAAAUCGCCUGAAGGCAGGAUGGAGAACUUCCAGACAGUCUGGUGCCUGGGUGUCUGUGCAGUUCAGAGCUGAGUGAGUCACGCUGGGUCCUGGUAGCUGUUUGGCACUUACAGCUUCUAGGUGCAGAGUGGGGCUUGGGGGGUCCUGCACCCCUAAUUUACUCACUGAGGGCUUGCCCCGUGCUGCUUAGAUCUGAACAGAGCAGGGACCUGUGCCUAGUCCUUUGGCCUUUAAGUUGAAAUGGGAUUGCAACAGCCAGGGAAGUGUUUUGGUACAGGAACUCUGGGCUGAACAAGCCUGUUGCUGAUAGAAAACAGCAGGAGGGAGAGAGCCAUUAGAGGGCUUCAGCCCUUGAUAUGAGACAGAUUCUGAGCAGCUGCGAAGUACCAAGUGUUUCAGGCUCUGUUUGGUGCUCAAAUGUGGGAGAGAUCCGUCUGCUUCUUGCACGUAUGAUGGGGGGGGGAAUAUCCUUGCUGAGAAUCCAAGGGAAAUGGGAACUGGGCCAGCACUGAGCUGAUUUACCUACUGGCACUUCUGCAUCUCCACAACAAAUGCCAAAGCCUAAUACAAUUCAAGGAUGCUAUUUUAACGUCGGCCUGGUUCCACCAGUCUGUCUCCACAGGCUGGUCCCAGAGGGGCUCACAGAAGUAUUCUCAGCGGCACAAACACGCCAGGCUGGAGCUGGGAAGGCUCAGAAACGUGAUCCCACGGAGGGGCCUCCUGUGCUGCACCCCUGCUUCGUGCUGCCCAGCAGGUCUGGGGCACAUGCAUUCACCUUGGAUCCAAAUGGAUUUGACCCAGGAGUAUUGUAGCAUUGAAAGGUGCUGGGAUGGGUGGGAGAGGUGAAAGCAGGUCCAUGUCUUCCGGGACUCUGGCUUGCUCAGAGUUUAUUGCUGUAUAUUAAAUACUAUUUUUGGAGAUUGAGGGGAAGAUGAGGGUGGGGAGGGAUGUGACGAUGCUGUCCCCAGUCUGAUUGGUGGGAUGCUACUACAGGUUAUUGAUAGGUUUUGAUUUUUUUUUUCCCCAAAAAGUGCUUUAUUUAAAAAAGAAAAAGUCAACAGAACAAGUGCUUUCCACCCUCCUAGAAACUGUGCUGGCUGAUUAGAAAAUGUGAAUAAUCUUUUGCAAACAUCAGAGGUUUCUGCUGAAGAGUUUGUGUGAUGGAGAUUCGAAGGCAAGGGGCAAAGAACAGCUUGAACCAGUUUAGCUGGGAAGAGUGUGAAUCCAGGAAAUGCAGGAUCUCUGCCCUGGAGUUGUCCCCUGUCACACUUAAUGGGGAUGUGCUCUCCUGUGCUACCAUGGCUGUUCUGUCACACUGUGGCUGUUCCUGAGCUGGUGUUCUGGAGCAAAGCAGUGGCUGGAAACUGGCUGGCAAGUGGAGGGCUUGAAUUUUUUGUGGUUUCCUCGGGGGCUUUGUGCAUUCAGGGCUUUCCCACUUGAGGAACAGCUGGGUUGGUAAAGGAGCCCUGGAGCCUGUGAGAGCAGAGGCAGGACCUGUGCUCCAUGCCAGGAGGCAGCAGCCAGGACUGUGAGAUGUGGUGGUGCUCUUUGGGUCCUGUUGGGGUAGCAGCAGUUGGCACAUGGUCCCACUGCUCCAUUGUGCCUGGCUGCGGAUGUGUGGAAGUGACCUGUGCCACUGGCAUUAAGGACACAUCACAAACUACUAAAAACUGCAGGUCUACGUUGUCUGUAGAGGCUGAAGCAGUGUGAGGAGAAAUCUCCAUCUGUACAUGUCACCAGUACAAAGGGUUUUUGAGGAGGAUUUUUUAUUUUACUGCCCAUUGUUUUGUGUUGUAACAACUUGCAGUGACAUUUUUUAGUUUGUUUUGCAGCAAGCUUGGGCCCUAGGUGAAAAGCACAGAUACCUAUUUCUGAUUGCAUCAGCUUUGCAGGGACUAGUUUGGGGGAGAUGGACUUGGGGGUGGGUGAUUUUAUUUUUGGUACACGGUAGCAGUUUUAUUUUUUAUUUUUCCCAGGAUGUUUGGCUGAGGGAAUGUUCUGAAAUCUACUGUCUGGCAGUUUAACCAGCAGUGUGCUAAAGGAAAAUAAACAAAAUUAUAUUGUCA